CGCAAACUGCGGCGCGGUGAGAGAGAGAAGAGAGAGAGAGGGAGGGAGACUCUCCAGCCUGGGAACUAUAACUCCUCUGCAAGAGGCGGAGUACUCCCGCCCCGCAUCUUUUGGAGACUUUUCUCUCUUCGCCCACCUCCGCCCCGGCCGGGAGUUGAGCCGCCCGCUCGGCAGCCGCGCGCGUCCCCCAGCUCGGCGUGCGCUUGGCCCCGGGAGCCGGGAGGGCCCGGCGAUUGCGCCGCGGCCGCCGCAAGGGUGUGAGCGCGCGUGGGCGCCCGCCGAGCCGGGGCCAUGGUGCAGCAAACCAACAACGCCGAGAACACGGAAGCGCUGCUGGCCGGCGAGAGCUCGGACUCGGGCGCCGGCCUCGAGCUGGGCAUCGCCUCCUCCCCCACUCCCGGCUCCACCGCUUCCACGGGCGGCAAGGCCGACGACCCGAGCUGGUGCAAGACGCCGAGCGGGCACAUCAAGAGGCCCAUGAACGCCUUCAUGGUGUGGUCGCAGAUCGAGCGGCGCAAGAUCAUGGAGCAGUCGCCCGACAUGCACAACGCCGAGAUCUCCAAGCGGUUGGGCAAACGCUGGAAACUGCUCAAAGACAGCGACAAGAUCCCUUUCAUUCGGGAGGCGGAGCGGCUGCGUCUCAAGCACAUGGCUGACUACCCCGACUACAAGUACCGGCCCAGGAAGAAGGUGAAGUCCGGCAACGCCAACUCCGGCUCCUCGGCCGCCUCCUCCUCCAAGCUGGGGGAGAAGGGCGACAAGGUCGGUGGCAGCGGCGGGGGCGGCCACGGGGGCGGCGGCGGUGGCGGGAGCGGCAACGCGGGGGGAGGAGGCGGCGGCGCGAGCGGCGGCGGCGCCAACUCCAAACCCGCGCAGAAAAAGAGCUGCGGCUCCAAAGUGGCGGGCGGCGGGGUCGGCAAGCCCCACGCCAAGCUCAUCCUGGCGGGCGGGGGCGGGGGCGGCGGGAAAGCGGCGGCCGCUUCCUCCUCCUCCUUCGCGGCCGAGCAGGCGGGGGCCGCCGCCCUGUUGCCCCUGGGCGCCGCCGCCGGCGCGGCGGCCGCCGACCACCACUCGCUGUACAAGACGCGGACUCCCGGCGCCUCGGCCUCUGCGGCGGCCUCGGCCUCCGCCGGCCUUGCGGCCCCGGGCAAGCACCUGACCGAGAAGAAGGUGAAGCGCGUCUACCUGUUCGGCGGCCUGGGCGCGUCGUCCUCGCCCGUCGGCGGCGUGGGCGCGGGCGCCGACCCCAGCGACCCCCUCGGCCUGUACGAGGAGGGGGGCGCCGGCUGCUCGCCCGACGGGCCGAGCCUGAGCGGCCGCAGCAGCGCCGCGUCGUCGCCGGCCGCCGGCCGCUCGCCCGCCGACCACCGUAGCUACGCCAGCCUGCGCGCCGCCUCGCCCGCCCCGUCCAGCGCGCCCUCGCACGCGUCCUCGUCGGCCUCGUCCCAUCACUCCUCCUCCUCCUCGUCCUCCUCCUCCUCGGGCUCGUCGUCCUCGGACGACGAGUUCGAAGACGAUCUGCUCGACCUGAACCCCAGCUCAAACUUUGAGAGCAUGUCCCUGGGCAGCUUCAGCUCGUCGUCGGCGCUGGACCGGGACCUGGAUUUUAACUUCGAGCCUGGCUCCGGCUCGCACUUCGAGUUCCCGGACUACUGCACGCCCGAGCCGGAGGAGGAGAUGUUGAGUGACCGGCGCUCGGAAAUGACCCAAGAACCUAGUUGGAAAGCCACACCAGCCAGGGCGAGGGGCGGGGAGGAGAAAGACACGAACUGGAAAGGGGCGAAUAAUAAAACUGAAAUGGAUUUGCACGUUGGGGAGAAGGUGGCGGCGUCUCCUGGGCCUCCGCCUCCCGCAUCUCUGAAAUCAGUGAGGUGAGACUUCAAGGCCCGCAGGCGCGGAGGAGAGGAGACUGUUUGAUGUGGUACCGGGGCAGUGGAGGGCGAGUGGUGUCGGGGGAAAAAAAAAAAGGUUUUUUGCUUCUCUUAAUCGGAAUCGUGAUGGUGUUGGAUUAUUUCACUGGUGGGGUUAAUAUAGCAUGUUAUCCUGUCUAUCUUUUAAAGAUUUCUGUAUAAGACUGUUGAGCAGUUUUUAAAAUAGUGUAGGAUAAUAUAAAAAGCAGAUAGAUGGCGCUAUGUUUGAUUCCUACGACAGAAAUUAUCACCAGCUUUUUUUCAUUCUUAACUCUUUAAAGGAUUCAAACGCAACUCAAAUCUGUGCUGGACUUUAAAAAACAAUUCAGGACCAAAUUUUUCUCAGUGUGUAUGUGUUUAUUCCUUAUAGGUGUAAAUGAGAAGACGUGUUUUUUUCCCUCACCGAUGCUCCAUCCUCGUUUUUUUUUUCUUUUUUUUUCCUUGUAAAUGUAAUCAGAUGCCAUUUUAUAUGUGGACGUAUUUAUACUGGCCAAACAUUUUUUUUCUUAUUUUGUCCCUUUUUUCUUUCUUUUGCUCUUUUUUUCUUUUUACUUCUUUACUCCUUCCUUCCUUUCUUUUUUCCUUUCUUU